GCGGAGAGAGAAAGAGAAAGAGAAAGAGAGAGAGAGAGAGAGAGAGAGAGAGAGACUGAAAGUGAGAGGGAGGAGACGAUGAUGAUGAUGAUGGUCGGAGGGGAAGGCCGGCAUCAACGCGAUCCGGUGGUCCAAGUACCGCCGUGGUCGUCUCCCUUCGAGGAUGCAGCGGUUGGCGUUGGCUACCACCUCGCUGCCGGCGGUGGUGGGGGUGGUAGUGGGGAGUACGGACUCGGGGAUUCCGCCCUCGCGGCUGCUCUGCAAAGGUAUUUGCCUUGUAACGGCGAGGAGACGGUGGCGGAGGAGGACGUGGAGGAACCUGAUGCCGCCGUAGACGUGUACUCGUCGGACGAGUUCCGGAUGUACGAGUUCAAGGUGCGGCGGUGCGCCCGCGGUCGCUCCCACGACUGGACCGAGUGCCCCUUUGCGCACCCGGGGGAGAAGGCGCGCCGCCGGGACCCCCGGAAGUACCACUACUCCGGCGCGGCGUGCCCGGACUUCCGCAAGGGCGGCUGCAAGCGCGGUGACGCCUGCGAGUUCGCCCACGGCGUUUUCGAGUGCUGGCUCCACCCGGCGCGCUACCGGACCCAACCCUGCAAGGACGGCACCGCCUGCCGGCGCCGCGUGUGCUUCUUCGCCCACACCGCCGAUCAGCUGCGCAUCCUCCCGCAGCAGCAGCAGCAGCAGACGCCAACGAAACCGGCGGUCGCGGGCGAGUCCUAUGAUGGAUCGCCUCUACGCCAGCAGGCGCUGGAGACCUACCUCUCGAAGCAUCUCAUGUCCUCCUCGCCGACCUCGACGCUGAUAUCGCCGCCGAUGUCCCCACCGUCGGACUCCCCACCGAUGUCGCCAAGCACCGCCGCACUCCGGCGAACCUCGUGGCCGAUGAGGACUUCACUGAACGAGAUAGAAUUCUCACUGCGCCAGCUGCAGCUUAGCAAGGCCAAGUCAUCCCCCGGCUCAUGGGGCUUACAAGUAAGCAGUGAAGCGUUCGGAUCGCCAAGGGGCACCGCGGCCGGGUUCAGGGCCGGGUUCGGCAGUCUGCCAACGACCCCCACGGCGACAAGUGCCGCGCUGGGCGGCGGACUGGGGUGGUUUGAUGGCGCGGACGCUGGAUACGCCGGCGGCAAAGAGCCAGUGGAAAGGGUGGAGUCAGGGAGGGCCCUGAGGGCGAAGAUGUUCGAGAAGCUAAGCAAGGAAUGUGUUCUGGAGAGGGCCGACGCCGACGCCGCGCCGUCGAUGCCGGCGCCCGACGUCGGAUGGGUGUCGGAGUUGGUCAAGUGAUCCGUACUCCUCCUCGCGGAUCAGACGAAGCAAUUACGAGAAGAGAGAUUAGGGUAAUUCCGGAGGUAAUUGUAUGGAACGUUUGUACAUAGUAAACUUGAGGUUCCCCCAAAGGAGAGAAGAGGGUAUUGUGUACAUACAAAGUGGGGGGUUGGCAAGAACGGAAGCGUGGGUUUGUUUUGGGGAUUUGGUUGGGUUCAAGAAGAAGAAGAUGAGGAGGGCAUCUGCGAUGAUUGGAGUUGCACACUGCGACCGUCCUCUACACGGAAUUGGGACGCGCCCUUCUGCGAAAGCUAUCUGAUUUCUUAUGCUUUUUGAUUUCAAUGUGGAACCUGUAAUUAUCAUGUCAUCCUAUCAAUCUCGGUAUUGUAUAAUAUAUAUGUAAAUGCAUUAUCAUCA